CCGGUUCUUUCUUUCCUGUCCGAUCCUUAAACAUGGCGCCGAUCAAACAAAGGAGGCCAGCUGUUGGCAAGAAGGCCAAAAAGGGAACUGCCUGGAAGUUCACCUUGGACCUGACCCACCCUGUGGAGGAUGGGAUCCUGGACUCCGCAAACUUUGAAGCCUUCCUCAAAGAGAGGAUAAAGGUCAACGGAAAGACGGGGAAUCUGGGUAACAUCGUCCAGGUUGGCCGUAUGAAGAACAAGAUCAACGUCACAUCCGAGAAACAGUUCUCCAAAAGGUACCUGAAGUACCUAACAAAGAAGUACCUGAAGAAGAACAACCUCCGUGACUGGCUGAGAGUGGUGGCGUCCGACAAGGAGACAUACGAGCUGCGUUACUUCCAGAUCAGUCAGGACGAUGAGGAGUCGGAGGCAGACGAGUGAACAGCUGCCUGUGAAUCAGCAGCUGGAGCACAACAGGAGAAUAAAUGUGGAA